CAAGGAUACAAUGUGUGGUGAUCAUGUCAGAGUAAUUAACAUUUCCACCCCUUUCUCCUUACUUUGUGUUUGGUGUCUUCAAGCUUCUGUCCUUCAUCUUUUCACACAAUCUGCAGUAGUUCCCUGUGAAGUACAAUCAUCGCACUGUGCUGUAGAACCCUGCAACAGUAGCCAUUAUCCACCCUCCCUCUACUCUUCUCCCUGACCUCCCCAGCCUCCAGCAGUGGAGGAAGAAAUGGCAGGUCCCAGUCAGCUCUGCAUUCGCCGCUGGACUACCAAGCACGUGGCUGUAUGGCUGAAGGAUGAAGGCUUUUUUGAGUAUGUGGACAUCUUAUGCAACAAGCACCGGCUUGAUGGACUCACACUACUGACAUUGACUGAAUAUGAUCUCCGCUCCCCUCCUUUGGAAAUCAAAGUCCUAGGGGACAUUAAAAGAUUAAUGCUCUCAGUCCGAAAAUUACAGAAAAUACAUAUUGAUGUUUUGGAGGAGAUGGGCUACAACAGUGACAGUCCCAUGGGCUCCAUGAGCCCGUGCAUCAGUGCUCUUCAGGGUGCAGACUGGCUGUGCAAUGGGGAACCUUCCCAUGACUGUGAUGGACCCCUCACUGACCUGGGCACUGAGCAGUACCAAUAUAUGAAUGGCAAAAGCAAACAUUCUAUUCGAAGACUGGACCCAGAGUACUGGAAGACCAUACUGAGCUGUAUAUAUGUUUUUAUAGUGUUCGGGUUUACAUCAUUCAUUAUGGUUAUAGUCCAUGAGCGUGUGCCUGACAUGCAGACUUAUCCGCCACUCCCAGAUAUAUUCCUUGACAGCGUUCCCAGAAUCCCAUGGGCCUUCGCCAUGACAGAAGUGUGUGGUGUGAUUCUGUGUUACAUUUGGCUCCUGGUUCUUCUUCUUCAUAAGCACAGGUCAAUCCUUCUGCGAAGGCUCUGUAGUCUGAUGGGCACUGUCUUCUUGCUUCGCUGCUUUACCAUGUUUGUGACCUCCCUCUCCGUGCCAGGACAGCACCUGCAGUGCACUGGAAAGAUAUAUGGCAGUGUGUGGGAGAAAUUACACCGGGCCUUUGCCAUUUGGAGUGGCUUUGGUAUGACCCUGACUGGCGUUCACACUUGUGGAGAUUACAUGUUCAGUGGCCACACAGUCGUCCUAACUAUGCUGAAUUUCUUUGUCACUGAAUAUACACCAAGAAGCUGGAAUUUCUUGCAUACCUUGUCCUGGGUUCUCAAUCUCUUUGGGAUCUUCUUCAUCUUGGCCGCCCAUGAACAUUAUUCCAUCGAUGUGUUCAUUGCCUUUUAUAUCACAACGAGACUCUUUCUGUACUACCAUACUCUGGCCAACACCAGAGCUUAUCACCAGAGCAGGAGAGCAAGAAUUUGGUUUCCUAUGUUUUCCUUUUUUGAAUGCAAUGUUAAUGGCACUGUACCUAAUGAAUAUUGUUGGCCAUUUUCAAAGCCAGCGAUAAUGAAAAGACUAAUUGGAUGAAGAUAUCUUUGUAAUGAGUUUGUGAUUAAGUAUACAGUAGCUCUUGAGUAACUUUGCUUUCUCUCCUUAGAUUGUUCCUUGAUAUGUUGCAUUUUGGCUCUAUAUUGACAGAGUUUCCAGUUCUGAGCAAGGUUGUGAUUUUCACAGCAAGAAAGAACAAUGAAGAACCCUUACCUAGCUGUUUGAACAGAAAGCUUAAGUAGAAGGUUUUCUGCCCUUCAUUUUAGGAAGAUUCAAAUGUUUGAAGUCAGGCUGUUGUUGUUACCAUUGAGUAUUUGUUUGUCGAAUUUAAGCAAAUCAGCAGAAGCAGUUUGCUGGUUGAAGGAUUUUUAUGAAUUUCCAGCAAUACUCUAGUUAAGAAAAGAGAUUUUUUUUAAAGCUUUUUAUCUUCAAAAGAAAAAAAAAGCUGUACGUACUGAACUAAUCUCUGUGUGUGUCUAGAAAGUGAUUUGUUUUAUUGCCAAAUAUGUUUUGCCUUCUGAAUUAUCUUUAAGAAAGUGCACUGAGCAUACAACAUGCCCGAAACAAGGGAAUGAAAGAGGCCAUCCGCGAGGUGACCAGAGUGCCGACGAGGUGUCAUGGGCCUGCACAUUGAUGUGGGUAUGGGGCUGGCAUUUUUCACAAAGAUGUAACAAAAGA